AUGUUGAACCCCAUGGAUAAAGAGGAGAAAGGAAAGGAAAGGAGGAAGGAAGUUCUUUUCCAAACCGUGGAGGGGCCCUUGCCGUUUGGACCCGCUGUUAAAGUCCUGGCUCAGCACAUGCCAUUGUUGCCCCCGUACACCUACACCAACCCCAAAACCGACAAGCAGGACAUCGGCAAAAAGCGGAUGAGAUCUCUGCAGCCGAGCGAUAGGGGCAUGCUGACAAAAGGCUGCAGUCUGCUGGAGUGA